GGGGAGGGGAGGGGGCGAUCUCAGCCAUCCGGACAGUUUGGUAAACCUACAGCCUACGGAGAGCGCCCGGAGACAACGUGAGGGAAGAAACUUCCGACGGAGCCGGGGAGAGACCCUGGGGCUGGGGCUCUACCCCUGCGCAUCGUCCUUCCCCUCCAGGGCUCGGCUCCUCGGGGACCUCCGCUCCGAGCCUGGCCGUGGAGCAACGCUCGGUGGGAGGACCGGAGGCUGCGGGCAUCGCCCCUUUGGAAGUUGGGGGGUUCUUGUUCCUGUUCCGGAGGUCUCCGUGGAGGGGGCGCUGCCUCGCCCGGGGCGGGGUGGGGGGCGCAGGGCAGGGGGAAAUGGUCCGGGCUGUGCCGAGCUGCGGCUGGGGGCGGCGCGGGGGCGUGAGGAUCUCCUCGAACCUGCUUCUUGCUCCAAUCUCGGCUGCAUCUCCCAAGUGAUGGGGAGCCAGGGAGGAGGCUGCCACAGCUGCUGCACUGCUGCCGCCACGCUCGCUCCAGUCUCCGCCGAUCUCUCCGGCUAAGCAGCCUUCCGAGCUCGCCCCUCUGCCCCGGAGGAGCCCUUCCCGUGGUCGCUGCCCUCGGAGCCGGGGCUCAGCCGAAGAAGCUCUUCUCCCCACCCCGGUGGCCUCUCCGAGCCCCCACUUCUUGGCCGCCGAGCCUAGAGCAGCCUUUAUUUGGGGGGAGAGUCCGGACCGAGGCCGAGGCUUCUGCCAACUCUUCUGGGGGCGCUCUUUGUUGUCCCUCUGGACGGUCCUGGGUGUCCUCGGGCUGCUCUUCCGACAAGCCGGGGCCGGAGCCAAGAAGCAGCCCAGCCCGGCCAGACUUUGUCCUUCGAGGGCCGGGAUCUCGUCUCGUCUCGAGAGGUCCGUUUGGAGUUCGAGAACUGCUCCCGGAUUAGUCCACGUUGCUUAUAUUAAGCCUUUGUGUGUGUAUGUGUGUGUGCGCAAGUGUUGCGGAUCCACAGAUUUGGGGCCGUGUCACCCCCUCUUGGAAUGAGACUGCUUGCAGAAGGCACGCGAGGACCAUGAUCGCUGAGUCUGCUCACUUUUAUCUCUUUGGAUUAAUAUGUCUCUGCUCAGGCUCCCGUCUUCGUCAGGAGGAUUUUCCUCCUCGCAUUGUUGAACAUCCUUCUGAUCUCAUUGUUUCAAAAGGCGAACCAGCUACUUUGAACUGUAAAGCAGAAGGCAGACCCACCCCAACUAUUGAGUGGUAUAAAGGAGGAGAAAGAGUGGAAACAGACAAAGAUGACUCCCGUUCCCAUAGGAUGCUACUUCCGAGCGGAUCUUUAUUUUUCUUACGUAUAGUACAUGGACGCAAAAGUAGGCCUGAUGAAGGCGUCUAUAUCUGUGUCGCACGGAAUUAUCUUGGAGAAGCUGUGAGCCACAACGCAUCGCUGGAGGUAGCAAUACUGCGAGAUGACUUCCGGCAGAACCCUUCCGAUGUGAUGGUGGCUGUGGGGGAGCCAGCCGUGAUGGAGUGCCAGCCUCCACGAGGCCAUCCAGAGCCCACGAUUUCCUGGAGAAAGGACGGAUCGCCACUGGACGACCGAGACGAGCGAAUUACCAUCCGAGGAGGGAAGCUCAUGAUUACAUACACGCGUAAGAGUGAUGCUGGAAAAUAUGUUUGUGUUGGCACCAACAUGGUGGGAGAAAGAGAAAGCGAAGUCGCGGAGCUCACAGUUUUAGAGAGGCCGUCGUUCGUGAAGAGGCCGAGUAACCUGGCGGUGACUGUGGAGGACAGCGCAGAAUUCAAGUGCGAGGCCCGAGGGGACCCCGUCCCCACCGUGCGGUGGAGGAAAGAUGACGGAGAGCUCCCCAAAUCCAGAUAUGAAAUCCGAGAUGAUCAUACCUUGAAAAUCCGAAAGGUAAUGGCAGGUGAUAUGGGAUCAUACACAUGUGUUGCAGAAAAUAUGGUUGGGAAAGCUGAAGCAUCAGCAACUCUGACAGUACAAGAGCCUCCCCACUUCGUGGUGAAGCCUCGGGACCAGGUCGCCGCGUUGGGACGGACCGUGACGUUCCAGUGCGAGGCCACCGGAAACCCUCAGCCCGCCAUCUUCUGGAGGAGAGAGGGGAGCCAGAACCUGCUGUUUUCCUACCACCCUCCGCAAUCCUCGAGCCGAUUUUCGGUCUCCCAGACGGGCGACCUGACGAUAACCAACGUGCAGCGCUCGGACGUGGGCUACUACAUCUGCCAGACUCUGAACGUCGCCGGAAGCAUCAUCACCAAAGCCUACCUGGAAGUGACUGACGUGAUCGCAGACCGGCCUCCCCCCGUCAUCCAGCAGGGUCCCGGGAAUCAGACUGUGGCGGUGGACGGCACCCUCGUGCUCAGCUGCGUGGCCACGGGCAGCCCCGUGCCCACCAUCCUGUGGAGGAAGGACGGAGUCCUCGUGCCCACCCAGGACUCACGCAUCAAACAGCUGGACACAGGAGCGCUGCAGAUCCGCUACGCCAAGCUGGGUGACACUGGUCGGUACACCUGCAUUGCUUCGACUCCCAGUGGUGAAGCGACAUGGAGUGCGUAUAUCGAAGUUCAAGAAUUUGGGAUUCCAGUUCAGCCUCCGAGACCCACUGAUCCAAAUUUAAUCCCAAGUGCCCCUUCUAAACCCGAAGUCACAGAUGUCAGCCGAAACACCGUCACGUUGUCAUGGCAGCCCAAUCUGAACUCAGGUGCAACCCCAACGUCUUACAUAAUAGAAGCCUUCAGCCAUGCAUCUGGCAGCAGCUGGCAGACGGUAGCAGAAAACGUGAAGACAGAAACAUUUGCCACUAAAGGACUAAAGCCUAACGCAAUCUACCUUUUUCUUGUGAGAGCUGCUAAUGCCUAUGGCCUGAGUGAUCCGAGUCAGAUAUCAGAUCCAGUAAAGACUCAAGAUGUUCCACCGACAAGCCAAGGUGUGGAUCACAAGCAGGUCCAGAGAGAAUUGGGGAAUGUGGUUCUGCACCUUCAUAACCCUACCGUGCUCUCUUCUUCUUCCAUCGAAGUGCACUGGACGGUGGACCAACAAUCCCAGUAUAUUCAAGGCUACAAAAUCCUGUACAGGCCCUCGAGCGCUCCCCACGGAGACUCGGAGUGGCUGGUGUUUGAAGUGAGGACCCCCACCCAGAACAGCGCCAUCCUCCCCGAGCUCAGAAAGGGAGCCAGCUACGAAAUCAAGGCUCGGCCUUUCUUUAAUGAGUUCCAAGGAGCAGACAGUGAUGUCAAGUUGGCGAAAACCCUGGAGGAAGCACCAAGCGCUCCACCCCAGAGUGUAACAAUAUCGAAGAACGAUGGAAAUGGAACUGCAAUUCUAGUGACUUGGCAGCCCCCCCCCGAAGACACCCAGAAUGGAAUGGUCCAAGAGUAUAAGGUUUGGUGCCUGGGCAAUGAAAGUCGAUACCACAUAAACAAGACAGUGGAUGGGUCUACCUUUUCUGUCAUCAUUCCUUCUCUAGUUCCUGGGGUUCGGUACAGCGUGGAAGUAGCAGCCAGCACAGGGGCAGGAUCUGGCGUCAAAAGUGAACCACAGUUCAUUCAGUUAGACUCCCAUGGGAAUCCUGUGUCACCAGAGGAUCAAGUCAGUCUUGCUCAGCAGAUUUCUGAUGUUGUGAAGCAGCCAGCUUUUAUAGCAGGCAUUGGAGCUGCCUGUUGGAUAAUCCUUAUGGUCUUCAGCAUCUGGUUGUAUCGUCACCGGAAGAAGAGAAAUGGACUCACUAGUACUUAUGCUGGUAUAAGAAAAGUCCCGUCUUUUACCUUCACACCAACAGUAACUUAUCAGAGAGGAGGCGAAGCCGUGAGCAGCGGAGGCAGGCCCGGCCUUCUCAACAUCAACGAGCCCGCCGCGCAGCCCUGGCUGGCAGACACGUGGCCCAACACGGGCAGCAGCCACAACGACUGCUCCAUCAACUGCUGUACGGCAAGCAACGGCAACAGCGACGGCAACCUGACCACCUACAGCCGCCCGGCUGAUUGUAUAGCAAAUUACAACAACCAGCUGGAUAACAAACAGUCCAAUCUGAUGCUGCCUGAGCCUACCGUGUAUGGGGACGUGGACCUGAGCAACAAGAUCAAUGAAAUGAAAACCUUCAAUAGUCCCAACCUGAAGGAUGGCCGAUUGGUUACUGCGCCAGGGCAGCCCACUCCUUACGCCACCACUCAGCUCAUCCAGUCCGGCAUCAGCAACAACAUUAAUAAUGGCCACGGAGAGGCCAGUGAGAAACCCUGGAAGGCCUCUAGUCAGCCCAAGCAGGAAGCGGCAUCCAUUCAGUAUAACAUUAUGGAGCAAAACAAACUAAACAAAGAUUACCGAACGACUGAUACCAUCCCACCAACUAUCCCGUAUAACCAAUCGUAUGACCAGAAUACUGGGGGCUCCUACAACAGUUCAGAUCGAGGCAGUAGUACAUCUGGGAGUCAAGGGCACAAGAAGGGCGCCCGAACCCCCAAGUUACCCAAACAGACGGGCAUGAACUGGGCAGACCUGCUUCCACCUCCCCCGGCACAUCCUCCUCCCCACAGCCAUAGUGAAGACUACAGCCUUUCUGUAGAUGAGAGCUAUGACCAGGAAAUCCCGUGCCCGGUGCCACCAGCUAGGAUGUACUUACAACAAGAGGAGCUCGAAGAAGAAGAUGAACGAGGUCCGACCCCCCCGGUGCGUGGAGCAGCUUCCUCUCCGGCAGCCGUGUCCUACAGUCAUCAGUCUACUGCCACCCUGACGCCUUCCCCUCAAGAGGAGCUUCAGCCCAUGUUACAAGACUGCCCAGAGGACAUUGGCCAUGGGCAACACCAUCCCGACAGGAGACGCCAGCCUGUGAGCCCUCCCCCUCCGCCAAGGCCCAUUUCUCCCCCCCACACGUACGGUUACAUUUCAGGACCUCUCGUGUCCGAUAUGGACACUGACGUGCCCGAAGAGGAAGAAGACGAGGCCGACAUGGAAGUAGCCAAAAUGCAAACCAGGAGGCUGCUCUUACGGGGCCUUGAGCAGACCCCUGCUUCCAGCGUGGGCGAUCUGGAAAGCUCUGUCACGGGCUCCAUGAUCAACGGCUGGGGCUCCGCCUCAGAGGAAGACAACAUUUCCAGUGGACGUUCCAGUGUGAGCUCUUCUGAUGGCUCAUUUUUUACGGAUGCGGAUUUUGCACAGGCUGUUGCCGCAGCAGCUGAAUAUGCUGGUCUUAAGGUGGCAAGACGUCAGAUGCAGGACGCCACAGGCCGCAGACACUUCCAUGGCUCCCACUGCCCCAGGCCCACCAGCCCCGUGUCUACGGACAGUAACGUGAGCGCCGCUCUGAUGCAGAGGGCCCGGCCAGCCAAGAAACAGAAGCACGCCCCGGGACAUCCGCGCAGAGAAGUCUACACGGAUGAUCUUCCUCCUCCGCCAGUGCCGCCUCCUGCUCUAAAAUCUCCCACAGUCCAGUCCAAGGGACACCUCGAGGGUCGGCCGAUGAUGUUGCCAAAACUUCCCCACGUAGAGGCGCGCGCAGACCGGUCUGCAGAGAGAAAAGGGGGUGGCUACAAGGGGAGAGAAGCGCUGGAUGGAAGGCCAGCUUCCGACACGAGGACAAAUCCGGGAGAGCCCAGAGACGCCCAAGAACUGCAAGGUGAUGGGAAGGCCAGAGGGAACAAGGCGUCCAGACGAGACCUUCCACCGCCAAAAACCCACCUUGUGCAAGAAGAUAUCCUUCCGUACUGUAGACCUACAUUUCCAACAUCAAAUAAUCCCAGAGAUCCAAGUUCUUCAAGCUCAAUGUCAUCAAGAGGUUCAGGAAGACAAAGAGAUCAAGCCAAUAUAGGUCGAAGGAAUGUUGCAGAAAUGCAAGUGCUCGGAGCAUAUGAAAAAGAAGUGGAUAAUGAAGAAUUAGAGGUAUCAGUUACGAUAUCAUGAUUAUCUGUGUGUUCACACCAACUUAAUAUUUGUUACCAAAGUUAGGGCCAGAAAAUCCCUCAACUCACAACACUGUCUUUGGCCUUAAAAGUCAGUAGUACUACUAGAAACCUGGUCAUUUUAAAGUGUUUUUCACGUUUAUAGUUCCUCACAGUCCAAUUUAUUUUAGCUUUUGUGUUCUUUCGAUUUUCAUCUAUAGAUUUUUGUUUGUAUAAAAACCACGUAUUUAGAAGCAAGAAGUAUUUAUUAAUUUAUUUUGUAACAUUCUGUAUUUUAAAGACUCAUAUUUGAUUUUGAUAUUAUAAUUCUUGAACAUCAUCUCCAUUUGACUAAAAAUUUUUUUACCAAUUAGAUUUAUGGCUAAUCUUUUGACAAGUACAUUUUACCCCAAAUUGCUUCUUGUGAUGGAUAUUCUGUUUACACCCGAUAAACAAAGAGUGGGAAAUGAAGCCACUUAGAAAUGUCCAUCUUAAUUCUUCGAGAAGCUCUAUGGACGUGGUUUUAAUAUUGAAGCUUUGAAGGAAAAGAAUCUUAGGUAAUUUGUUAUCGAGUAGGAGGGUCCUAAAAUAGCACUUAAUGAGUUGAAAUUCAUUCUGAGUUCAGCCUCUCCUUCCCUUCUUCAAAAGACCACUUUAAAAUAGAGGCAGCUCCGCCGCGUGCUUGUUUUCAAACAACCGUGAUGGUUUGUGCUCUUACAGGAAACUGAAAGCUAAAGAAGACGCUUUGAACCGGCUCGGGCGAUCUCGCGUGCGCGUGAUCCUCCAGAAGCCUGUUGUGCAGCGACCUCUGACGCCAGAAACCCUGUCCAGCACAUUUUCCUUUGUUCCUCUCCUCGAAAUAGACUUGUGACGGUCCUCUUGGGGUCCCAUUUCUGUCCCUGUGGGAAGCCUCUUCUUUCUCCUCCCUUCGCCCCUCACCCCUCCGGCCCGGGGCGUCGGGCGGCAGCGAAGCUCUGAAGGUGGACGUCCCGACGACGGCGCCGGCUCUCUCGGCCACUUUCCCCCAGAAGGCGCUCCUUCGGCGCGCUCGCUCACGGCUCCUGUGCCCAGAGUGGAGUCAGGUGGCAGAGGCAGCCGCACGAAAGGGCUUGUCUCAGAGCAUCGUCUUCCCAUCAGUUACUCUGGACGCCAGUUCGAGCCUAAGCAGACGUGCCCUCCCACAGAUGGGGUUCGGGCGGCCCCCCUCGUUUGCUGGCGCAGAGAAGGGAGUGGGGCCGGGGCCGGGCUGGGGGAGCCGCGUGAGGGGCUGCGAGGUAGAUGCCAGAAGUGCGGGGUGGGCUGAGCAGGACGGUCAGGACGAGUUCUUCUCAGCCCUUCUGCCACCUGGUUUGAGAAAAGGCAACGCCCUGGGGAUAGACAGGACUGAAGUCAGCGGGGUCUCCGGUGGUCUAGUCAUCGGCGUCAGUAAGUCUAGCAAAACCGUCUUCUAUUUGCAAUUAAAAACAUCCGAAAUACUUGGGAAAAACCAGUCGGUGGCUUUACGAGCUGUCGAACGAGGGCACCAUCUUAACCGGCAGAAACGUCUUCGGAGAGUGUCAGUUCCCCUUACAGAAGUGCCACUUAACGACGUUUGUUUGAUUUGGGGGUAAUGCACUGUUUUUUUAUCUUAUUUUUGGUUUUAAAAGCACAAUCACUAAACUUUAUUUGUAAACCAUUGUAACUAUUAACCUUUUUUUGUCUUCUUGGAAACUGUGGAGACGCUUUUUCUUCCUCUUUUUAUUAAUGCUGUUUGUAUUUGGAAUAUUGGGAUGAUGACAGAUGGUGAAGUCACUUACCUACGUAGGCGAGGACCGCGGGCAGAGCGCGCCUUAGGCUGGCUCGAUUUCUGCAGCGUCGGCACGUUGGGUGUCGCGAAACAUCCGAGAUGGUCGUAGAGGCUCCAGGAGAGGCCUUCGUGGUUCGGCGUCACCAGUGAUGCCGCGAUGCCCUCGGUCUGAAGUUGGAGGAGACUUUGUGUUGCUGUUUAAAUUGCCUUGAUUUUGUCAUUGGUGCUAAUUGGAAAAUGUGUGUUUUCAUUGACAACUAUCAGGACUCGCCCCAUGGAAACGAAAAGCAAAUUUCAGCGUUGACGUGUCCCCAAAGCUCCAAGUCCCUUUAGGUCAUGCUUUUACAAGGUUGCGUAGAAGGCUGUGCAGUGGUAAGGGAACGAUCCAUGUGAUUAUUGUUUCUAUUACGUUCAUGUAAGGACUUCUUCUUUUUAGCCAUCAUUUUGCAUACUGAGGAUCCAAUAAUCGGAAGAAUAAUUUUGUCACAUUAUUUAUUAAAAAUGUUCUCAAAUACA